AUGAAAUCUGAUCCGGUAUCCACGGAUAACCACGAUUAUAUUUUACGUUCUGUUGAGUUGUUACUGCGUAAUUAUGGGAAAUGCUGUCUAUGGGGCAAUUCAAGAGAGACUAUGUGUGGAAACAGUUCACAUAAUAAGCAGUCUUUUUCAUGUCAAUCAAAAACGAUUUGUCUCUUAAUAGAUUAUUCUGGCUGGUCGUGUACAUGUGUUACUUUUUCUGCACUCAAAGAUAUAGAUAUUCGACCAUAUCUGAAGAGUAAAAAUGUCAUUUCUAAGAAAGAAGAGGAUGAUUUUAUCGUAAAUGAAAAGAAUCUUAUAGCAAAUAGAAUACGUUACCUUGAUAUCUUUAUUGAUGAUUCUAUGAGCAUUUGCCCCAAACAUCGAAGCUCUUAUGGAAUUGACUGGCAUGCUUCUAAGUCCACAUGUCAUCAUCCCGAUCAUAACUCAAAACAUUGUCCUUCUGUUCGUGAUUGUCGCCAUGCUAAUAUAACCACCUGCUCCAAAAUUGAAGGAUUUGCAGUCGGUGGAAAAAAAGAAAUUUUGAUGAUUCCUGAUGACUUAUCUGUAGGUCCCAUCACAACUUUUUUAAAUGUUAGAAGUGCAUCCGAAUUCGUAAUUAAUGAUUCGCGGGAUUCGAUGAAUCUUAUUCUAUCUCAAGUCAAUUCAAGUCCAAUUCGAUCUCAAACAAGAAAAAGAUUAGACAAACAUUCAGCUGGUGGUCUUCGUUGUAUCACCUCGGAGCUAACCGGUACUAUAAGAGUAAUUCAGAGGAAGAUGGCAGAAACACUUGCUCCAUGGCAAAGAACUUAUGGUUUAACUGUACUACGUAUGGACAAUGGAGAAAAGCAUGAGCUACCCAAGCAAAUUCUUCAGUUGCAAAAAACUCACGUUCUUAUUAACUACAAAAAGUACUGCGAUGAAACCGCCUUUGAAAGCUUAGCUAGAACAAAACUAUAUGAUAUAAUUAACAGCAUUAAGCCAGCUCAACAACAAUUUUUUUCGGGUUUGGGUGACUUUUUCGCUGAAGGGGUUGAAGCAUGA